GUAAUAUCGUCGGCAUCACGUCACGUGGCAAUAACGACGUCAGUCCAACAUGGCGGCGCACAUAGCACGACGUCCGUAUUUAUUUUGUUGUAGAACAGUAGUCAGUGUUAUUUCACCGCAUGUCAAACUAGGGAGUGCUGAAAUAACAGACGUACGCAAUGCUCUGCAUCCGAGAGCUGGUUACCGGACUCGAGGGACAGACAGCCCAGAGGACACCCAGGUGCACAUUCCAGUCGAUCGUCUGACGGUGUCUUACAGCAGAAGCAGUGGUCCUGGUGGUCAGCACGUCAAUAAAGUCAGCACAAAGGCAGAGGUCCGUUUCCAUGUGCACACAGCAGACUGGAUCCCGGAAGUUGUUCGACAGAAGAUCUUUGAAAAGAACAAAAACCGCAUCAAUAAGGCCGGAGAGCUGCUGGUGACCUCGGAGCUGAGCAGGAGUCAGCAGAGGAACCUUACCGAUUGUAUCCAGAAGAUCUCUGCUAUCAUAGCUGAGGCCAGUGAGAAGCCGCAUGAAGCGACAGCAGAAGACAUAGCUCUCAGGGAGGGCAGGUUGGAGAGAAGGAACAAAGAGCGACUCAACCAGAAGAAGAUCCAUUCAGCGAUCAAAAGGAGCAGACGAGUGGAUUUUGAUUGACUGAUUGUUAAUUUAAGUUUUGUCUUCUGUCUUUAGAAUAAACUGUUUAUGUUUUUACUAAAUAUACACAUCAGCGUAAGAUGUUUUAAAGUUGAGCUCAUAGGACUCAUAGGACAUUUAUUAUACUCUGUCACCCACUUUAUUUUUGUAGCUGUCAUGCAAAACAUCUGAGGGGUUACAAAGACUAUGGUGGCAAUAUCUUUGCCCAUAUACCUGUCUUCCUAUCAAACUCUCUAAACUCAACCAGCACAGUCACAGUGUGCCAGCAGCAGGUGAGGUUGGGGAAAACAUGAAAACAGGAACAGGAAUAUAUGCUACGCAUACAUAAACAUACCAUAUAAACCCACCUUCUUUGACUAUUUUUAUAUUUAUUUGUCUGCAGUAUUUGUAUAUAGGUAAUGGAAACACUUGACUUUUAUAUGACAUUCUGUUUUGCUGGUCAAAGUUGCUUUUCAUAUAUACACAUAUUUUUUAACCUAUUUGUAUUUAUUGUAGUUUUGCAACGUAAACCUCAUUGUAUAUGUAUGUACAUACAUGUGCACAUACACACAGCACUUUGUGAAGUUGAUUCUAAUUCUAGGAAUAAGUAUGUGUUAAAGUAAGAUGGAAUAAACAAAGACAGUGGCAAUAUUCCCA